AUGGCGAAGCCCGCUUUUUACAAACUGCUGCGAGUCCAGGAAGUUGACAGCCCUCCGCGAUGUGAAAGUUCUUCUCUACACAUUCACCACCCACAAUCUCCUCCUGUCAUCACUAUGGAUUCCUCUGCAGUCCUUCGUCAGCAAAGUCGGAACAAAAUUUGCAGUGACUUUAUGAGAAUGAAGAAUGAACAUAACAAAAUGCCAGCAGACUCAAAGCCUUCCAAACUUGUGUCUACAUCUCACCUUUCUAAACAAGAAAGUGAGAACAAAGAUCCAGGAAUCUCAGAAAUAGGCAGAAAGGCACCUGUGCGACCAGGUGUAAGCAGGCUACCGGUGCUUGCAAAGUCUCUUCAUCUUCAGACUCCUUCCAGCUUCAGUCAGUCCCACUGUAGGUGGGAGGAGAAACCUCUGGCUGGGAAAGCUAAGAAGAAAAAGCCAUGCACCAGGCCUGUGCCGUUUAACCUGUCUCAGCCUAAGAGUUCAAGAAUGACCAGCGAAAAUCAACUGCCCCUAACUGUGCCACAAUCACAGACUGGCGCUGAUGCUGUCCAACCUGAAAAAAAUGUAUGCAAUCCUCGUCUUAAGACCCAAACCAUAAAUUCAAAACCUUCCAAACCUCAAGCUGUGUUAAACAGCCACGUGGACUCAACACACAAGUCUCAUCGAAAGGCUACAGAAAAUAUAUCCCACCUGUUGGGGAAGUCUGGGCUUCCCAACAUUUUUAAGACUUCAGCCACUUUGUCCAGUCCUCUGUCAGCCAUUCCUAACAACACUCUGCAGGACAGUGCUCCUUCUUUUGCACAGACUGCUCUUAGUGCAGAGACCUUUUUGGAAAACAUGAACCUGCUCAGUCUCAAAGAUCCAACCAAGACUUUGCACAUCAGCCAGAACACAGAGCUGACCUCACAGGUUCAUUUUUCAAAGGGUUCAACUGACAAAGGGGAGAACUUCCAGCCCAACCAUGCAGCUUUGCUCAGUAUCCUGCGGAAUGAGGGAGUCAGCACCACAGAUCUGGGAUCUGCAUCUCCACAGUCUAAACCGUACAAUUAUCUGCCCCAGCGAGUGUCUGUCAUGAAAAGUCGACAAAAAGCUGGGCCCACCACAGCAAAGUUGGUGCCGUUCUCCCCGGACCCCGCUGCACUGCAAAGUAUCCUCCAGAACGAGGGGGUGAAGGCUGGAGGGCUCGCAAGUGCCACGCCCCGAAAGUCUGUCUGUCCGUCAGGCAGAGGCACUUCAGUCUACACAGCUCAGAGAGUGCCGGUUAGGAAAAAUCAUGCAGAGGCGACCAGCGGACCAGUGGCACUAGCGCUCAGAGAGACUCCGCUGAAGAAAUGGACUCCACAGAGAGUCCGCGACACCAGACAUCAGCCCAUGUCUUCUAUGAAAUGGCAUCUGUCGACACCGUACGCUGCCACUCCCGGGCUGAAGAGCAAAACCAACCUUCAGCCGCACCAGGAGCAGGAGGUCGUCCAGAGAUUAUUUGAGGAUCAAGAGGACGAGCAGAACACAGACGUGACAGACAAAGAUCCUGAGACACAAGCAGAGCAGCUCCCAGUUCAAGCCUCAAGUACCAAAUCCCGCUGUGAAGAAAAGUUAGAGAGCAGGGCUAACAUCAGCAAGGAUGAGGAGCAGGAGCGGACGGUUGCGGGAGAGCAGCCGUUCUUUCAGGCACCGCAAAGAGAGUCGGUCAUUUUUUUCUCAACGGGCAAAAAGCUGCUCAGAGCCCCACGUUUUGAGAAGCAGGAGAGCUCUUCUGAUCAGGAUCAGCAUGGUCCAGUUUCAUCAGAACAGAGAACGGUGCAGCCAGUACAAGAAGAGAUGUCAUCUGUGUCAGAACCGAGCGGUCAGAUCAACCCUCCUGUUCAGAGUCUGCACAGAGACAUCAGUGUUCAGCGGAGUUGUGGUCUGAGUCCUGCAGUUGCGUUGCUGCGUAAGCGUCUUCCUCCUCUGGAGGAGCUGCGUAUGGACGAGGAGGUGGCCAACUACACCUCAGUGUCCGUCCCGUCUGCCUCCGGGUUUCUCCCACCACGGCCUCGCUGUAGAAACCCGCUGGCCUCCAUCCUGCACUUCGAAGAGUCCUCUAGAUUUGUUCCAAUUGGCUUCGAUCUCCCCUCUGGUCCUUCCUCUCCACACAGCUCUCCACUGCAGGAGAGAUGAUUUGCACACAAGUACAGUAUUUGUUUUUACUGUGAAUGUCCAGAGUGGAUAAGCUUACUCCCUUGUACUGAUGACUGAGAGUUUCUCUAGUGGAACUGAUGAUGUUUGUCCAACACUGCUGUUGCCAGCCUUAACACAGGUCUAAAGAACGCUACUGGUGUCAUUUUUUUCAAACCGUUUGUCUUACAAAUGUUUAUGAUUUUACUUUUUAACAGAUGCUUUCUAAAACAAAAAAAUUGAGGUUAUAUGUGUUAAAUGAGGCAUCUUUUAUACUGAAGGCACUAAUCUUUAUCCAUAAUGUAGAUGCACAGCUCUUACAUAUUAUGUUUAUGACAUGAAUCCAAACCUAAAUGUGGGAAAAGUAAAUGUUGUAAAAGGUCAAUGAAGACACUAGACUUCAUCAGUGUUAUAGUUAUAGCACGCACGUAGAUUAGGAACAUUGUUAUUAGUUAUUUGCAAUUUUUUAAAAACCAGAAUCUUGUUGUGGACUGAAAACGAUUAAAAUUCAUAAUGUACAGUGUUUAUAAUAAAUGUAUAUAUGUU